AUGACGCCUCUACAUUUGGCUGCACAAGCUGGACAUAUAGAUGUGGUCAAAUGUCUACUCGAACAACCAAGCCUACGGAGACGAACUCGAGAUACGUUCGGCAGUACACCGUUCCUGAGAGCAGCUCAGUUCAAAAGAAAGGAUAUUGUGCAGUUGCUGGCCCCAUUCAACCACAUCGAGGCGCUGUCUGCAGAUGCAGAGGGCGCUUGCAAAGGGUUUGAUGCGACAAUUGUCGAUUUCGGAAAUUUCCAUAAUGAAAAUCGAGUAAAGCGAGUAUCUGUCUACGAAUUACUGUAUGGCCGUGACCGAAAGAACCCCCGAAAACAAGCCGUCACAACGCUGCCGGCCAACGUGAAAGCAAGUGAAUUCCGGUGGAUACAUUUGCCUGCCAACAACAUGGCCUGGGUAGAAGCAUUGAUGACAAAAUCAUUCAUCGAAGAAGGCGCCAGUGAUGUGGAAGGAUUCAAAGGUCUGGAAAAGUCUUUUGGUCAUCAGCAUCGUGGACAGCGGCCGCAUUCGCAUUUCAUGAGGCCUCUAUGUCAAAGCACUCCUCGCUCGCUACGAGGUCAAGAUGAAAUUGAAAAGGAAGAAGAAAGCCAUCCUCCUCCAGAGAGGAGUCCUUUACCGCAAGUAAUCGUCAAUGGACCUGUUGUCACAAAGCCAGCAGAAUACAGCCCAGCACCUCUCAAAAAGCGCGAGACUGGUCUAAGCAAGGACUCCUACUCCCAAGACGACGAUAGCGUCCCUGGCCGAAAAACAAAAGCCAAACAUAAAAACAGCAACAACAAUAAGAGCGGAAAAGAUACCUCGAAAUACGACAGAAACAAGUCUGCCGGCCAUGGUCCGGACAAACAUACACGCUCAGUAACACCACAGCUGUCGAGAGAUGUCAGUUUCUCCGCUAAAAGCAACAUCUGUGUAUUUAUGCCAUACCUGCAUUUCGAAACUGCUCGGAGCCAGCAGAAGAUGCAACAGGCCAUCAAGCAGGCAGAGACGUUUGUGUCUGCUCCACAGCCGGGAUUGACGCGCGCGCCGACAAGAGAUGAGUUGUUGAUUCGCGCACAUAUCAACUCGUCAACUGCAUCUUUACAUGUGCGUCGAACAUUGGAUCAAUUCUUCUAUCCGAACAUUGACACCGAGACUCGAGACAGUGAUCAGGUAGUCUAUCGCUACCAGACGCGCUGGUCUGAACACAAAGCCAAGGAUCCAAAAAUUUUCAUGGUCGAUCAACUAUGGAUGUGGGUGCUGGGCAAGAACCUAAUUGUAACUAGCUUUCCGCAACGAUGGGAGCAGCCCAAAAACGACCCUCUGAAUGUCUUGGACGGUAUUAUCGAAGACAUUAACUCGAAAACGAGAGAACCAGUGCGGUCAGUCUAUGAGCUAGCGACGGUUAUCACUGGUCGAUGUUCCGGGAUGUUCGAUAGACAUCGCAUGGGCGACGAAGACUACCAAUUUCUUGACAUGUUCGAAUCGUGCAUUGGCACAGCAACGGAUCGCGAAACCAUGCUCUUUCGAGAAUUCAACGUCGCCUCUGCACAGUCCUCGGAAUGGCUCAAACACCAUCGCCGCCUGAAACGGUCCAUCGUAGAGAGCAUGUCCAGCAAAGAGGACGAAGACCACGAAGACGUCAACGGGAAAGAAAAGGAGGAGAGUCAACCGCUAUUCGUCGACAAACUGCUCGACAUCGGCCAAGAAACUGAUUUAUUAGCCGAAGCAAAAGACAUCCGCGACGAACUAAACAUGAUCCGCACCGUUCUCGAAUACCAAAAACAAGUCCUCCAGGACUUGCAAGACGCGAUUUGCGAGAUCUACUACGACGAAAACCGAUCCCAAAACGACAUCAAGAAGAAAUUUCGCGAGCAACAACGCAAUAUAGACAUGCAUGUCAAGGAUGUAGAUCGAAUGGAUAAACAAACCGAGCGAAUCUACAACUCCAUCACCGACCUGCUAGACCUCAAACAGAAACACGCCAACGCCCUUGAGGCCCGCUUUGCGCGUGACCAAGCUGCCGGCACAGCUAGGCAGGGAAAAACGAUCAUGAUGUUCACAAUCGUCACAAUUAUUUUUCUGCCGUUGUCAUUCAUAGCCUCUUUUUUCGCGAUUAAUGUUUCCGAGUUUCCGCAUGACGCGCAGUCCGGGAAUACGAAUAUACCGAUUUCGUAUGUAUCGCGGUAUAUCUUUGGGAUUGGGUUUUCGAUUUCGAUUCCUCUGGUUUUGUUGGCGCUAUCUGUGGACGACAUCCGACUGGGAAGUAGAGAGGCCUGGAGGCGGAUUCAUCAGUGGCGCCUGACCAGAUCCUCCUCCUCUAAAAAGCACAAUCGAGAUAUAUCCCAUACAAGCAACACCGCCGUACAGCAACGAAUAAUAACCCAAGAACUCGAAAUCCAGCGCAUCCUGUGCCGCUCCAAGGCAUCAUCCAGACGACCCAGCGAAGAAGAGUUGGACGAUUAUUUCGGGCAUGGUCUAUUACCCGUCGCAACAAAGGGCACGGCGCAUACACAUACUAGCAGUGCUGUGGCGAGGCCGAGGAGUUCGAUACAUACAUAUCGGUCUACGGGGCAUAGGAAUAGGAUUGGGGGGAGUGGAGACAAGGGUUUUCGGUUUGGAUAA